UACAUAGACACAUGUACGUACAUACACACAAACACACACACAGACAGACACAUGUACACACACAUACAUGUACAUAUACGCAGACACACAUGUACAAAUGUACACGUACACACACACACACAGCACCACUCCCCCCCAUAAAAAGUUGCGGUACUUCGUUGUUCACUCACAGAUCCGUGUAAUGUACUCUAGGGGGAAGCAGAGAGCACAGCACACACUUCUUGCUUUGCUUUCACUGCGCUCAGCUAUUGAGUAGUCUGACGUCUCCCAGUGCCAAUGAUAGAUCCGGCCUGAGCUCCGAGCCUGCUCAGCAAGAUGGCCCUGGGGGACACACUCACCCCCACCAUAAUUUCCACUCGCCAUUGGCGAGCAGGCGAGUGGAAAUUUCAAGCCCUGGCAUAGGAGACU